AUGGAUCUCUUACGCAACUCGUACGCCAAUGACUCCGACGACGAACCUGAACCGGUUACCGAUAACCGGUUAACAUCUAAGACCGCCACACCGUCUCUUCCUUCAAAGCGCCCAUAUCCUGAACCGGAGGAGCAACAUUACAAACCAGCUCGUAAACCAAAUCCUCCGUACAGUUCUUACUCCGAUCCUCAAACCAGCUCUUCAGCAAUCCCAGGUCGGUAUGUUUCCAAGAGAGAGCGAUCCCUUCUAGCUUCUCUUUCAACUGCUCCGACUCAAAAUCAAAGCUCCGAUUCGAUUCACAAACCCUCCGUUAGCUCUCCUACUGUUCUCGGGAGCAUCUCUGAUUCACAAGUGCCUCGUCAUGUUCUAUCGAAAGGAUCUUCUUUUCGAACCGGUAUGCCGAGUAGAAUGUCGGUUUCGUUAACCGGUCAUACAAAGGCUGUUACUUCUAUUGAUUGGUCAACAAGUCAUGUUCAUCUUCUUGCUUCAGCGGGGCUAGAUGGUGCUGUCUACGUGUGGAAUGUGUGGAGCAGCGGUGAGAAGAAAGUACGUUCCUUUCUCCAUCACAAUGCCCCGGUCAAAGAUGUGAAGUGGUCGAAGCAAGGACUGUCUCUGCUUUCUUGUGGAUACGACUGCACUUCGAGUCUGUUUGAUGUUGAGAGAGGGGUAGAGACGCAAGCUUUCAAGGAGGAUCAGGUCGUUGGAGUUGUUAAGUUCCAUCCAGACAAUGCCAACCUGUUUCUUUCGGGAGGGCUCAAGGGCAGUCUUAGGUUAUGGGACAUUAGGAGUAACAAAGUUGUGCAUGAUUACGUCAAGGAUCUUGGUCCGAUUCUUGAUGUUGAGUUUAUGGCUGGUGGGAAUCGGUUCAUCUCCUCGAGCGAUGUUUCAGGAAGGAAUAUAAGCGAGAAUGCUGUUAUAGUUUGGGAUGUUUCGAGAGAGGUUCCUCUAUCUAACCAGGUCUAUGCAGAAGCAUACACAUGCCCUUGCAUCAAACAUCACCCAAAAGACUCAGUCUUCAUCGCACAAUCGCACGGGAACUACACAGCGAUCUUCUCAGCAAACCCGCCUUUCAAGCUGAACAAAUACAAGAGGUACGAAGGUCACUGGGUCGCAGGUUUCCCUAUCAAAUGCAACUUCAGCCCUGACGGAGAAACCUUGGUCUCUGGCUCAUCUGAUGGUUCCUUAUACAUGUACGGAUAUAAAUCCACUGAGCUCAUUAAGAAGCUCAAGGCUUAUGAACAUCCCUGCGUGGAUGUUGCAUACCACCCUGUACUGCCUAACGUGAUCGCGUGUUGUAGCUGGGACGGACAGGUCUCUGUUUUUGAAUAAUCUCAGUGUGUCCACACAGUGGCUAGUACCAAUCAAAAAAAGUUCAUGGUAGUAGGAGUUGUGUUCUUAUUGUGGAUCUUGUGAGACUGUUACUCAUUGAUGUUGGAGGAUGAAUUACUUAUAACGUGAGA